AUGGAUCCAAACAACCCAAAUUUCCGUCAACAAUUUUCUGGUUUUAGUGAUGAUUUACUAACUAAUCCCGAGUUUCAAUUGUUCUUGCAAAGAAUGGGCAAUACGUCUUUGCAACCACCUCCACAGUGUCAGACACCUACUCAGUUUCCCCUACGAAACCAUGUUAAUGAAGAAUGUACACCUGAAAUUGUACAUAAUAGCAACACACAAUUCGAUGACUGCGAAGAAGACAGCGUACCAGAGACGCCGCAAUAUCCUCCACCAGUUCCGGAACUGAAAUCCAACCAGGUUGUUGCACGAGCGACUCGAAUUUGGUCAGUUGCGGAAGAUGAAACUCUGAUUAGGUUGUACUUGGAGAUCAGCGAGAAUGCUAUUAAAGGCACGAGCCAGAAAGCAACUUCCCUUUGGCGCGAUGUACACGCAGCAUAUCAACUUGCUCAUGCGGAGAAGCCGCAUUUACUUCCACCAAGACCUAUGAAGAGUCUGACGUCGCACUGGAGAAGGUUGGCAGCAGACACACUACAGUGGAUAUCUUGCUAUGAUGAAGCAGGUAGACUUCCGGAGGGAGGGAGUGGUUACAACGAAGCUGACCGUAUAAAAAGUGCGUCGAAGCUUUUCCAUCUCGCCCAAGGUCGUAAUUUCGCUUUUCCUCACGCUGUUGAAAUGCUUAAUAGAGAUCCAAAGUGGAGGCCAAAGCUGAGAUGGUCCUUGUCAAAGGAGGAAAGAAAAGCUGUUCGUGAUGUUGAGGAGCAAGGUAGUGCUGGAAGUGGGAAGAGGUCCAGAGAUGAUGGAGGGGAUGAAACCCCUACGGAUGGUUUUUCAUCUGGAGGAAUACAACGACCCGAAGGUGUGAAGAAAGCAAAGGCCAAGCGUAAAGGGAAAGAAGUAGCUUCGGACAGUGGUUCGUCUGAGCUUAGCGAACGAAUGAAGGAAUUGGCAACAAUUCGCGAGAGGGAGGCCAUUCUGAAGGAAGAGCGGAUCAAAAUUGAAAGGGAGAAGGAACAGAGGAAAAGGGAGGAACUUGACAUUCAUAAGAUGAAAACCUGGUUUGAUAUGGUGCAAGCUAUGAAGAAUUCGCCUACGCCACUCACUCCUGAAGAAGAGUCGUACAAGAAUUUCUUACUGGGUCAUUCAUACCGACAUGGUGUAGUCACUUUUGUUCUGAAUUCACUUUGUCAAGAUUUGUCAUUGUCAACUAGCAUAGUAUACCUAUUCCGUGGCUGA